AUGACUCGCACACUGCCGUGGAAGCGCCGUGGCGCAUCGAAUCCCGUGGCCGUCAAACGCGAAUCGAACGCCAGCCCUUCAUCAUCACGAGGUCGCAGCCCGAUCAAGCGGGAUCCCGGCCGACCAAGUCCCACUCCCAAGAGGGAGCGCGAUCUAUCUCGUGACGACAAGAAACCGCGAUCCAACCUUUCUCUCAAGCGAAGUGCGCAUAGCAGCAGCUCUGAGCCUCCUGACUGGCUUACUAACAGCUCACCAGACCGCACACCGUCUACAUCGCCCCCGCCCGCUCCUCCCACCGAGAGCCUCAUGAUAGAGGGCGCUGACAACGACGACAAGUACCGCAUGGUCGAGGACGAGCUCCUCGCCACGGCAAAGAUGUUCACAGCACACCUGCACAACGCCGAGUACCAGCGGCUCAAGAAGCUCGCCAAGUCGCAGAACGCAGAGACGAUUAAGAACAUCUCGCGGCCCGUGACGGGCAACAUGACGGACCUUGUGCGCCGCCGGCAGACCACGCUCAGCCGGACGGCACGGCAGCGAGCCGGGAUCAAGAGGGCGCGUGCUCGGGUGAACGAUGGCGAUGGGGAUAGCGAUGACGACGAGGGAGAUGCGGCGUUUGCGGGCACGGCGCUGCAGGGCCUCAUGGCCAGUCCGAGGAAGACUGCGGUGCCGCUGACAGCGCUCACGUCUGUGGCUGGCGGGACGAGGGCUGCUGCUGGGCUUGCCGGAAAUUCGCCUUCCAGGCGAUCGCGAUUUGGGCCUGGUGCUUGGGAUAAGACAGGAACGGCUGGUGCCACAGAAUCUGCGACAGCAUCUUCUGGUGAUGACGGCGAUGACCUUGAUGGGGUUACUACGUUCGACCCAUACAAGCAGUCGCAUCAAAGCCGGCCCCCCAUUCGGCCAGCACGGCCAGCGGGGCGAAGCACUGAGAACCACCGAGGGCCAUCGAAUACACCGACCACAUUUCAGGAUCGACGGACGGUGAUACAGACGCACCCACCCGAGCCGCAAGCCGAUGAGGAGGAAGAUUUCGGAGGCUUCGGCGCCGAGGACAUUAUGCGGCGAGCGAGGGAGCGGCGCGAACGGGACCGAGCACGCCGUGCCGGGCGGGGUGCCAGAGAGAAGAAGGCCAAAGACGAGAAGGAUUCAUUUAAGGAUGUGGUUCCUUCCUGGAUAUGA